CUUUGAAGGCCCGAAUUACCACAUUGCACCACGAUGGGUCUACAACGUCACCACUGUCUGGAUGAUGUUCGUAGUAGCGGCCUCUGUGUUCACAAAUGGGCUGGUCUUGGUAGCUACAUUCAAAUUCAAAAAGCUUCGACACCCCCUGAACUGGAUAUUGGUCAACCUGGCUAUUGCUGAUCUUGGGGAGACAGUGAUUGCAAGCACCAUCAGUGUCUUCAACCAGAUUUUUGGUUACUUCAUCCUUGGCCACCCUCUGUGUGUCAUUGAAGGCUACACGGUUUCAGUCUGCGGAAUUACUGGACUCUGGUCUCUAACAGUUAUUGCCUGGGAACGAUGGUUUGUGGUCUGCAAACCUUUUGGAAACAUAAAAUUUGAUGGGAAACUAGCCUCUGCUGGCAUAAUAUUCUCCUGGACUUGGGCAGCUGUUUGGUGUGCACCUCCAAUAUUUGGCUGGAGCAGGUACUGGCCUCAUGGCUUAAAGACCUCUUGUGGUCCAGAUGUGUUCAGCGGUAACACUGACCCCGGAAUUCAGUCUUACAUGAUGGUGCUCAUGACUACGUGUUGUAUUCUUCCUCUGUCCAUCAUUAUCCUUUGUUACAUAGCUGUUUGGUGGGCCAUUCGAAAGGUUGCUCAGCAACAGAAGGAGUCAGAAUCAACUCAGAAAGCUGAGCGGGAGGUCUCCCGGAUGGUGGUGGUCAUGAUCAUGGCUUAUUGCUUUUGCUGGGGACCAUAUACAAUUUUUGCUUGUUUUUCUGCUGCUAAUCCAGGCUACAGUUUCCACCCUUUGGCUGCCUCAUUGCCUGCAUACUUUGCCAAGAGUGCCACCAUUUACAACCCUAUAAUCUAUGUCUUCAUGAACAGACAGUUCCGGAACUGCAUUUACCAGCUAUUUGGCAAAAAGGUUGACGAUGGGUCUGAACUGUCCACUUCUUCUCGGACAGAAGUUUCAUCGGUCUCCAACUCCUCGGUCUCACCUUCAUAGAUAUCCAGGGACGACUCUCCCCAGUCUCUUCCUCUGCACACUUUGUAUAUACUUGGUUGCAGGAGCAGCUGUGCUUUUCUUCUUCUAUAUACAAAUGCUUUAUUCUUUGCAUUGGUACACCCAUACUCAAUGUGUAUUGUCACAGUAAACCGGGACUCCAAACUUUUGCAUUUUCAAAAACAUUAAAUCUCAUAAAAUGUUGUAACUGGCCUGAAUGUUAUCAAUGAAAAGACACUGUAUGUUGCGGACAGCAGGACUGCUCAGUGGUGACUGCAGUAAUGUAACAGGAUAAGUGCAAUGUUAGUUCACACAGUGUUAUCCAGCAAUGGUUCAUAUUCCUACACAGUCACCUAUCUCCUAUAAGGUGGGGAAAGAGGACACAGGAGUGAAUGUAAAGUAAGAGCAGUCAGUAUAGAGGUUUAUUCAAGUUUGCAGGGGCAUAACUAGAUAUACAGUAUAUCAGGCAGGGCACCAUAGCAAUAUUUUGCAAGUACCCUGAUGUACAGUACCUUCCAAGGGUGAAAAGAACCGAAGUUAUUACCAGGGAGACAGGGAUCACUAAAGCUCCUAGCCCUGUAGUAGUCACACCUACUGCUAGUAUGAUGUUUUUGGAGGACUCUACAAUCUCUUGCUCAUUAUAGAGGUUGUGUUUAAGAUAAAUACGAGUUCUCUGCCUGCAUUUCCCACAGAGGUCCUGGAAGGCAUGCUGCAUAAAGCACCAUAACCAUAGUUUUGGUCUACUGCUGGUAAAAGCGUCAUGAGAUGUGGGAAUCUACUAUACUUGUGCUAAGAUGAAGACACUGCAAAAACACUGAGGGCUGAGGCUAUGUUGGACAUGCGUUUUUGUUUAAAAUAUAUAAUUCUGUACGGCAAAUACGGCGACUCCUUUUGUUGGAAAAGGCAAUACAGGAGAAGGUAAUGAUUAAGCACGUAAUUGAGAUAUAGUCGGAGGCCUAUACAAUGUGAUUGUGAGUUUGGUAGGCUAUAAUAGGCUGGUCUGAUCACACAAUAACAGGGAAAUCUACAGAGUGGGGUUCCCCUGUCAUAAUGUGACACCGUUUCAGCCUGUUCAGCAUUGGGGUGAAUUCCAAGGAUGGAAAAAAAAAUGCUUAGGGGAGGUGCAAGGAUUUGUUUAUUUUUUUGUUUAUUUUAAUUUCUACAUUGAAGUAUGAUAAUGACUGGUGUCUUGGGGGCAGAUGUACUACAGCAGCACUUAUCGUGGUGCUGUAGCUCUUCCUGCUUCACCUCUUAUUGAGAUGACGCAGGAACCAUUAUCGUUGAGAUCCCCGCCAGACCCACAGCACAUCCCCCUAGUGCUAAUCCGCUGAGUCUUACCUCCUGGCCACCCCAGUGCGCAUACACCAGAUCUCACAAACAGCACUAAAUGUCCCACAUGCAGCCAGACCCCAGCGGCCGCCACAUGUUAGCACACAAACCAGCAGGUAACACCUGCUGAUAUGUGGAAAAACGUUAAGCUGCAAAAGUGCGCUCAUCAUUUUUUAAUACAUCCGAAUGAUUUUCCAUCACCAUAUAAUAGAGUGGCCAUGGCAAAAUCAUUAGAUGUCUAAAGAUACUUUAGAGAAAAGUGAUUUUUCUCUGUUAUCUGUUUUCAUACAUGCCAAGGUUCAGUGUAAGUAUCACAUAGCGCUGGUUAUAGCGCAUCUGACACUUACCACCUCUAAGUUCUUAAAUCUCCCCCUCGGUAUCUCUGGAGCCUGUACAGCAUUCUGAUACAAUUACGGCGUAUCUUGAACAUUCAGCACACUAUGCUGAGUCCCACAUACCUUAGGGUACAGAUUACUGAGAACAAACACGUAAUGGCAGCUUUUAUUGUGCUCGCAUUUUUACAUUUAUGCUUUACAUGCAAGUAUGUCCAUUUCUACACCAAACACUAAAUGUGGAUCCAUCUAAUAUUAGUAUCAGGAGGCAGGAAUCUCUGGGGCCAAUGAUCAGGACCUCCAUAGCUUUGAGCACACUGGGGCAGAUGUAUUAACUUGGAGG